CAGCCUAUAAUUUGUUUCUCUGAAGGAGUCCAAAAAUGCCUCCGCUAUUAUGAACUGGAUAAUGCACAGUGGGAGGCUCCGUAUUCUCUUUCAGCUGGGCCAAAGUAGCCUAUCCUGUCGGACUAUGAGAAAUGAUAGAUAGCCUGACAAUGAACAAACACCUGCUAGAGGGAGCUAACACGGAAAACGACUUGAUUGGAGAAGAAAACACGAAUCGAUGAUUCCUUGCCUAAUGCUAGUGGAUGCGUCCAGGUAAAUAGGCUACACCAGGAAAUGUGCAGUGGCUGGCAUCACAGCAACGUAUGGAUCGCGACUUCGUCCUGAUAUCAACUGUGUUGCCGUGCUCUGGAAUAGCCUAACAAUUUUUCUGACAUACGCUACAGCUUUCACACCACGCCUCCCCGUUGCACGCACCUCGAUUAACCAUCUUCGCUGGUGCACAGAGUGCUUUUCAAAAGGGAGCGAAAAUGAGACUGGUCCUCAUCUCCUCAUGUCGCGGAGAAAGGAACAUUGGAUAGACGAUGCAAUGAUGGGUAGUUGGACACUGAUGCUGCAUCCAUGAGCGCCUUCACUUCAGGGUGUUGUUUUUGGCACAGGUAUCACAGGAUAGUUCUGGAGGGAAAGCAAAAAACUGGAAGUUUUGAUUCAAUAGUGCACAACCGCCACGAUCUUGAUGAUUUUGGGGGAUUUAUUUGUGAUGGCUGUAGCGUGUCUAACGGACAUGAACGCGCUACUGGACCGCUUUCACAACUAUAUUUUACCACAUUUACGAGGGGAGGAUCACGUCUGCCAUUGCAACUGUGGAAGGCACCAUGUACACUAUGUGAUCCCGUAUGAUGGGGACCAGUCUCUGGUGGACUCUGCAGAGAACUACUUUGUGAGUGACAGUGUGACCAAGCAGGAGCUGGACCUGAUGUUGGGGCUGCUACUGGGCUUCCUCCUCAGCUGGCUGCUGCUGUGCCUGGAUGGGGCGCUGCACGCUGCCCUCAGACGUUGGAGGGCCAAACAGCACCAUGAUGCGUUCUCCUGGUCAUGGGUUCCCCGCUUCUGUAACCUGGGGAGAAGGGUGCACAUGAGAAAGCUAGAGGACUCAAGUGGGAACAUGGUGCACAUUAAGCAGAAGCUGUACCACAACGGACACCCCAGCCCACGCCACCUCUGAGAGCAUUGGACUGGCUGAGACCAUAGACUGAGACCUGCUGACAACUGACCAACCAGACACAAAGGCAGCUAAACAAAGACUAUUCAAGAUAUACCCUUCAAACCAUACUGUUUCUUAUUGCCACUGGAUAGAACACUUUAACUGGCCCAAUGGCCUUCACACACAGUGCAAAACUCCUCACCGUCCAUAUUUUUCUUGACUGGAAAUGAUUUCAUGUAAAAGGAUGUAGGUAAUGGAGGGUCCAGUUAGUAGUGGGGUUAGUAAUUUGAUAAAAGCGUGUCAGUUUUUCAAAAUAGUAUAUAUAUAUAUAUAUAUAUAUUUGGUUUUAGAAUGUGAAUUUUGCUAGAAGUGGGGAUAGGGUGUAUAUUUUGCUUGGGGUUUGUCCGUUUGUAGCAGUUUGUUUAUUUUGCCUGAAUAUGCCCAUUUUGAAAUAAAAAUAUUUAUUUUGCUUGAGGGUGGUCAAAUUUUGAGAGGGAUUUGUGUAUUGGUAGUACUUUGUCUAUUUUAAAAACUUGGCAUGUGAAAGCUGUACUGAAAGGGGCCUAGGGAAUGUAUUUUUCGUGGGUGGGUGUCAUUUCUUUCUUGGUUAUUGAUGUCAAUAAUUACACAUUAUAUGGGGUGUGGAAGAGAACAUAAAUGCUGCCUGCUCAUCUAACUGUGUGGUGUGUACAGUAUAUGCAGUGUGCCAACAUUAAAGAGCCAUUAGGAAUGGCACUGUUGUGUAUGUGUGUGUUGAUAAUUAAGGGGUUAAAGGUUUUAUUUGAUAUUUGGUCCAGAGGGUCAUCACCAUGGAAACCUGGAGAUGAAAUUCCAAGAAGGAGGGUUACACUCAGGAACUCUUUAUAGUUGACAAAAUACUUCACACUGAACAGCCAGCUCUAGAGUGCCUCCAUAAUAGUAGCUUUGAAAGGGACUGCCUGUGGUGUAUUAACUCAUAUCACAGGUGCCACACAGGUGCCACAUGCUCUUGUCAUGGCAUUGAAGAGUGAUACUGUAUGAGGACUGUAACCCAUUGGGAUCCUGAGUGUUCCUCCCUUAUGAAUUAGUCUCUAGGGAAGGGAGCGGGAUGUAGCACCCUUUCACUUCCCUGCACCUCCCCAGCCCACCCCCGUCUCUCUGUGCAGACAUCGGUGUUGUAAAAAUUAAAUGGUUGUUUCAUUAAAACUGACCACUGGAGGUUAACAGUGACAGAGUCCUGGUGUGUCAUUACACAGGUUCAAGAUAUAGUUCGUCACCAUCUGUUGGUCACAUGAUUUUUACAAUUAUUAACAUAGGUGCAGCCAUUGUAAGAAACCUGGAUUAUUUUCAUCCACACCAUCUGAAUAAUAGAGUAUCAUCUCUUACAGUCCACAUUAACAUCAAUAUUAUUAGACAGUGUUUCCAUAUAAAGUAUACUUUUUAUACAAAUCAUAUAUUAUCACAGCUCUCCAACCACUCCAGGAUU